AUGAGCCUUGGGUUUAGCCUCAGUGAUUGUAAACUAGUCUUGGAUGCCGUGCUGUAUGCUCGCACUCUCAAGCAAGCUCCCGAGAAUUUCGAAGAGCUCGUGUCUCUUUACCAGUCAUUUUACUGGCAGCUUGAUUCCAUGUUCGAACUCCUCGGCUCUCCUCGUUUCAACAAAGGCCAGAGUCGUUUUGUUCGCUCGGUGUUCAAGAGGUGCGGUAAGACGCUAGAAGAGUUGAAGGAGUUUCUAUACGACCAUGAGAGCCUUGGGACAGACUCUCCAAAACUGCGCCAAAGAUUCACUUUUUCGUUUGAGAAAAUCGAAAGGUGGAACAGGGCCAUCGAAGCCCACAGUAUCAACCUCGUGGGUGUUGAGACUCUCUAUAACCGUACCAACGUGAAGAAACUUGAAAGGCAGGUAGCCUGGCUUGUUUCGAGGGAUGCCUCCAAAAAGAAAGGUGAAUCGCAACUUUCGGUGUGUACGCUAGACUCUCUCUCUACAAACGGCCGCGAGCUCUGGACCGAGAUUCGACACAGUCUUCAGCGCGUGGGAAUCUCUGCAAAGGUAUACGACGAAUACGAACACGAGAUCACAGCGGAGCUUGAGAAAAUCGCCUCGGGAUACCAGCAAACCCAAACUAUCAACCAAGUGACGAACACGAAUCAAUGCACCAAUGCCGAAGAGAACCCAGCUACUGCAACUAUCACGGCUCGGGACCUUCUUGACGCCGCCGAACGAAGAGACUGGGAGAAGGCGAAGCAACUCCUUAGGGCUAUACCUGCAAUAGACACACACAUACACAUACUGGAGAUAAGGCUAUGUUUCUCGCUUGCCGUAUUCCACAGAGCGUGGCCCAUCGUUGAGACAUUGGUUGAAAGAGGUUCCGACCCAGAUGGGAGAUCAAUAGAUGGUCAACCAGCAAUUUGUGUCGCUGCGUCUUCUGAAUCCUUGUCCACGAUAAAGAAACUUACAGAAAAAGGAGCAGACUUGAAUGCUAGGGACAGCCAAAAGCAUACGGCUCUUCUUAGGUCUGCCGUUCUUAAUAAUUGGGAGAUCGUUACCUUCCUGGCUGAAUCCGGAGGUAAAGUUGACGCUGUGGCGCAAAACAUACUAGGCCCUCAGGCCACCGUUCUUUCAUAUGCUGCUACCUACAAGACCUGGGAUAAAUUUAAAUAUCUCCUUGAAAAGGGCGCAGACAGCAAUUCGUUAUGUUUGAGUGGCAAUCCGAUCUUGGUUUCCGCCGCCGCGUUUCAGCAGUGGGAUAUCGUGAAGUUGCUUGUCAAGCACGGAGCAAAUGUGAAUGCAAAAGGGCUGGAAGGGAAAAGAGCCCUUGCCUAUGUAUUUGAUGCGUUUGUCUCAAAGUCGCGUCAGAACUCCGAAGCAAGCCAGUCUGUUGCCAAAGUCGCGGCUGCAUUGAUAAAGAAGGGAGCGAUGAUGGGCACGGAGGAACUGACGCCACUUUCAGCAGGCACUUUGGGAGAACAAGCUUGGAAGAAAUUCUUGAGUUCUGAAAAUACUGCAUAUGACUUGAAAAUGCUGUUUCGACCAGGUCCUCGUUAG